UGAUGAUUUAUUUCAAGAAUAUUUGACCCCACACCACCAAUAUACUUCUGUUUGAUUAUUUGCUUACAUAUUGCUUAAAUAUGGAGGGAGGGGGAUACAGAGAUGUAUCAUGAAACAGGAAAUUGAAGUUUCAGAAAAGUAAGAGCUAACAUGAACUAAAAAAAGAAAAAGAAAAAAAGACAGCCCACACAAAACAGAGUCGUGCCAUUAGUGAGUGAGAACCAGUCAUGAGGGACCAUUUAUAUCUUUUCUUCUUUAUGAUUCAAUUUAGUACUGGCUGUAUUCUUUCAAAUGAGCGUCAGACAACACGCAUAACAGGAUACACAGGUGGAUCAGUGGUGCUGCCCUGCUCCUGCGCUCAUCCUCAGUCUACAGUCAACACAUUCACAUGGCGGUUUUUUGGCAAUGGUAAACAAUGGAUUCCGGUAUUUGAGGAUGAGGAGUACAGCGGUAGACGUGUGCUGUUUAAUGAAAGUUCUCCACAAAAUCUGUCUCUUCUCAUUUCUGACCUCAGACAGGAAGAUCAAGGGUUCUAUGAGUGUAAGACUGAACACGAUAAAAUUACUAUAACCAUUCGUUUAACAGUGAAGGGCUGUAAUUUGGUUCAGAGCACAGAGGUAACGAUUGCGGUGACUGGAUAUGCAGGAGAGUCUGUGGUUCUGCCCUGCUCAUGCUCUGAACUACUGGCUAAACCUGAACAGAUACGAUGGAUGUAUUAUGUAGGAAAAGCUUAUAAGGAAAUUUACCCAAAUGAAAAGACUGAGAGGCACAAGAACAGAGUCAAACUCUUGAAUCAAACAUCUCCAGGAAAUCUCUCUUUAUACAUAUCAGCACUGACCGCAGAGGACGAAGGAGACUAUUAUUGUUCUGUCUCAUCUCAAAAAGUCUCCUACAGGCUUUAUGUUGAAGUUACUCUCGGGACAGAGAAACCACACAUCCAUACAGUUACUCUCGGGACAGAGAAACCACACAUCCAUACAGUUACUCUCGGGACAGAGAAACCACACAUCCAUACAUCCAUCAGUUUAUCAACACUUCAACCUUCACACCAAACACAAGAACUUCCACCACCUCAACAACCACACAACACAUCUCAAUAUCUCUUCAUUCUAGUGGCAGUGUUUCCCUUAGCACUGAUUCUGCCAUUUCUGGUUUUAUCUUCUAGAUAUGCAAAGGAUGAAGAGGCAUGUUCUGCUAUAGUCUAUGUUGAAACGGCAUUCCCACCUGAUCACACACAGAAUGAUGCAGUGGAGCUCACCGAGUGUCAAUACCAAUCCUAAAUCCUUUUUUUUUUUUCAUUUCAAACAGAAUUCACAUUCACAGUGUUUAUUCUAGUAAUUGAGCUUAUGUCCUUUACAUGUUACAGUACAUGGGCAAAUGGGGAGAUGGUCUUCUAAUUAACAUGUCUUGCUCUUACAGUAAUUUCUGUUAGAAAAAGUCUUAAUCUCUUUUCCUGUAUGGAUGUUGAUAUGCUGGAACAGAGGAAGAACCUCACCAAACUGUUGCCACACAGUUGAAAGCAUAGUAAAGUGAGACACUGUUCAUUUGUCAUUGCAUACUAGUUUUACGAUUGCCGCAGUAUUUUUUUAUUUUUAGCUUAUUUUUUUAUUUUAGUUCUCAUUUUACUAAUUUAGUCCCUCAUACUGUUAAUGAGCAUUUUUGAUUUUAUGUAUUGAAACAGACUUGUACCGUAUAUUUUGUGCAACAUGUCUAAAACCGCUAUAAUGGCCUGCUUGCUGGCAAAACAAAAAAACUGUCAUAAUCACUGUCAUGUAAUUUUUUUAGAGAAAUCCUGCUGUUAAAAAAACUACUGGAUGAAGGAAGAAAUGAGACUCAACAAGAAUAGAGGAACAAGGAAAAUAUUUAUGUUUCUGGCACUUUGUGUGUUUUCAUCAAACCAUGAAGAUGGUUUUGUUGUACAUAAUUUAAUUGUUUUGCCAAGAGCAGAUGGACUCUUUACACUUCAAUAUAUUAUGGUCACAUGAUCAGAUUCUUCUCCUAUGCCAAAGACUUUUUUUCUUAAAUAUUCAAAUAGCAAAUAAUAAUCAAUAGGCUCUUUUGGUGUGUACUAUUAAAGGCAUACAAAUGAAUGUCUAAUAUUUUUUUUUAUGAUUAGUUUGUUUAAUGGAAAUGAGUGACAGACAAAACUAAUCAUAAGAGGAAUUAUAAAGUGGUUGUGCAACUUUAUUGAGUUGGCAUGUGCGUGAU